GCAAGUGGACGUAGAUGGCGAGGACGCCACCCAGUCUGUCGACAACAGUAGGUGAGAGCACAACAUGGAGGACAUGGCUUGACCGGUAGUGAGGAUCUGGUCCAGCGUCUGAACGUCUGGUACAAAAGUACAGCGGAUCAAAGGUGCUACUCCAUUUGAUGAGACUCUGUGAGGUCAUCAUGGCGUGCUGUCUCCCUGCUCAGGAGGGCGCGGAGGUUCCUUACAUCAUAGACGUGGAGAAGGUCAUCACGGAUUACGUCUGGGAAUGCUUCAAACUCACUCGCCCACCUUGGCAGCAGGUCUGCAUCCGGAGGAAGGACUUCAUCAUUGAGGUUCCGAUGAACUAUUUUCACUUCGACAUCCUGAGGGAGGAGCUGAGCCCCAGACCAAAGUCCGAAGCAGCCUGCGUCCACCCACAGCAGCCUGUAUGACAUCCUGGAACGUACCCCUCGAACAAAGGAGUGAUAAAGGCUCAGAUGUACACCAAUGCCAAGGGUAUUAUCAUUUCCACGACUUUACCAACAACACGGACAAGGAUCAGACAUACAAGUUCCGGUUCGAGAAAUCGCGAAAAGCCUCUCUGACGGUCACCUUCCAGAGAGGGUACACCAUCGGGGCAAAGCCAAUUUUAGCAUCGGUCUUCCUAAAGAAUUACCGGCCUCCGCAAGUUCUGGAGGAGAGUUCGACAUGCGUAUAUCUGUAUCCAAGACUUCAGGGGAGACGAUCGAAGAAACUCUGACAUGGGAGGCGACCAGUGAGAUUCACGUGGCCAAGAAGUCAAGCUGCUCAGCGAGGGUGCUCCUGACCGAAGUCCCUGUGUCGUACAGCUUCAAGCUGUGGACCAAAAUGUCGAUGCCCAUGGGCUCAGCCCCGGCCACGAUUCGCCGCCGGAACAGUAGCGGGUUUCGCUACACUCAUCUAAUCGAAAACUUGCAGCCAGUGUUUGAAAAGUACCACAGACAUGUCGACUUUGUGGAGGAGCUGACAGCCCGCAGUGUUCGAAGCUUUUCCGUCAUUCUCAAAACGUCCGGCAUCAUCGAAGGAGUGCGGUUGUCGGACCAGAAGAUCCUUCUGGACAGCAAAGACCUGGUCCAGCGACCGUCAUUCAUCGCCGAUGGUCCUCUUUUGUCGAGAAGUUUCGACACGGACAGAAUGUAUUCUCUUCCAGACAGCUUCAGCAGCAGCGAUGGAAAUCACGGGGAGGGAAUUUCCGGCGGGCCGUCAGUGAAGAUGAUCAGGGCGGGAACCGAGCGGUUGUGCCUGUCCCCGGCCUCUGGUCAUCAGUCGCCCAACUUCCCUAUCGUCGAAGAGGUGUCGGAGGUGGAGGAGGGAAUGAGGCCAGCCCCACUUCCUCAUGUUCAUCCUCAUCUUCUGCACCGAUCAGAUGCCGCUGGAGGGCGCUUGCCUCGCAUCACCUACCACGACUCCAGGCUCCCAGACUUCUUCCCCUUUGUCGGAUACAGGCUCGCCGGACAUGUCGGAAACGAGCAGAAAAUCAGGGACGAUAACUACCGUUUAGCUGUACAUAGGGAAAUGUACGAUUUAAUUCACGUCCUUUGUACUGCUAGCUUCUGCUAAUGGUUCAUCAUACUAGUCCUGCCUCAUCUUUAACAUUUAACAUCAGAAACACAGAAACAAUGUCAUGCUUGUAUUUUGCAGCAUCGUGUAGCUAGAUGCACAGGAAGUAUUGCCCUACCAGUGAGAAGAUGAGUACAAUGUUGUGAUAACAAUGACAAUUUUUUUGGUGUUCAAAUUAAUUUUCCAAGAAAUUGUGUUUGAACGUGUGGUCGCACAGAUGUCUGCUUGAGGUGUGUCAUGCUACCUGUCUGUUUGCUCAGCUCGCUCUGUCCAUUCCAGCUUUCUCUUCGUCCGGACAAUAUUCAUUGUGUAUGAGUCUGUCUGACAGGGUUGUCUGUCUCUGUGGUAUGUUCCUACUGCCUCUUGUCUCUUGUAAAGUAUUGAGCUCGCCUUCUUGUAAAUAAUAAUAAUGCUGUGGGGCUAAUGAGCAGGAAAAGCUGACUUACCGGUGUAUAGAACAGUUUGUCAUUUCUUGGAUGAUGAUGAUGAUGAUGAUUAUUAUUAUUAUUAUUAUUAUUAUUAUUAUUAUUAGACUAUUGAAAAGGAAAAGCUGACCUCCCGGUGUAUCGAACUUUUUGUCAUUUCUUGAAAUGUUUAUUACGGCCUAUGUUUCUCGAUGUAUAAAAAAAUGUUCGAUAAAAGAAAACUACUCAUCGAAUUUCAGUUUUGUUUGUUUUUUAAUUUUUUUUUGUUGUUGUUUUGUUUUGCUGUAUGAAGCAUACUGACCCAUAAAACCAUUUCCAUAUUCACGUUAUAACAUUAAAAAAAUAAUGAUUGAAAUAUUUCCAGGGUUACCACAAGAUCAAAGCUGGAUAAUUUUCUUGCAAUUCUGGAUGUGGUUGUUCUAGGAUUUUUUUCUUUUUAUGAAAGUCAUUGAUUGUUUACAAGUUGAUUCUGUACAAUGUAUACAUUUAGGAAAUAUUGAAUCUUUACUCAGUGUAUAUGAACUUUCAAAAGAAGUUUGAAAUUAUUAACAGGUUUCACUAAGCUUGUUCUUGAGCUAAAAGUGAUUUCAGUGAAAAGUUUUGACCAAGAAUACUGCACUUGAUGGAUGUCAGUCAGUCAGUCAGUCAGUCAGUCAGUCAGUCAGUCAGUCAGUCAGUUGGUCAAUCAAAGUUAAUUACCAUAAGUAAUGUGCAUCUGUUGAUGUUGUGAUAUCUUAUCUCAAUGAAACAGACGACAUAAACCUACAGAUACGUUUCUAUUUUAUUUUGGAAUAAUUGUCUUAGAACUGUUCAAACACUGACAAUGAUCAAAAUAGCUCGAGCAUCUCAAAAUUCUCUUGUAUCAAGAAAAUUGUUUAUAAUGUACUUUGGCUUUCAUGUGGUCAACCUCCACCAACUGCCACCCACUGUAUACUUUGUGUUUCUAACCACCAGAUAGCCAAACGAAUACAAACACCAUUGUUGAGACUUGGGAAAUUGCUCCCUAACGGCCAACACUAGUUAUUUCAUGGCGGGGAGGACUCAGGAAAGGGACAUAACUGCUGUGUGAGGGAAAGGUAAGCAGGAUGUAAAUUAGAAGGCAGGGAAGGUUUUAUUUUUAGUCUGGCUAUUCUGUCUGAACACUGCUCUGCCUUGUUUUGCUUUGCAAAGUCUAAACACACUGAAGUGGGAGGCCAGCAAGAAAUCAACUGUUAUUGAUCGAGAACUUCCUGAAUUCUUCGCUUGCUUUUAUUCCUCCAGUGAUGAAAACGCUAAAUCUCGUGAGUGAAACUUUGUUGUCCUGAUGACUUGCUGGCGCCAUGAGUGAGCGUCGCUUACAGUCGAUGGCAGGACAUGGACCAAUAGAACCACAUGAACAGCUUCAGUGAUUUAGGAUGUUCACUGUGUACUUAAUUGAACUUAGAUAUUUUAGGUUCAUCCCAGAUUGAAUCCACGUCUGUAGGCUCGAAAACAUCACCUGUAGUACUUUUUAAUCAGUGUUGCAUUAUGUAAUACAUCUCUGUGGCUUAUGAUUAAGAAGCUCGAGACUACCUUUACUCACCCAACAGUAGUUACCAUUUGAUUUUUCAAUGAAAGUAAAAGCGAGUGAUAUUCACAUACCAAUCACACUGUCAACCACUUACAUUGUACAGCGCAUGCCUCUUCUAGACUGUUGAAAGGUUUCACCAUGUGAUUUAUUGUGUACAAAGUAUAUCGCAAUUACUUCCAUCUCUUCCAUUUACAACAUUGUUGACACAAGUGAUGCUGUUGCUGUUUUUGUUUGAUGACGACGACGACGACGACGAUGAUGAUGAGGAUGAUGAUGAGGAUGAGGAUGAGGAUGAUUCACUAAGACAGUAAAAAUAAAUUGGGGUUUAAUUACAAGUGAGUUUAAAAUAAUUAGAAAGAUAAUGAUAACAAUUAUGUUUGCUCUGCCCUUCAUCUUAAUUGAAAAACGUCUUUCGUGUACAUAUUUAUCAUACAUAAACAUAGAUUUGUCACUUUUAACAAUGUUCUUUCUUUGUGCAAAGGCUUGAACUCACAUUUUCAUGGGAUGCUUUGUUAAAUGCGUUCUUAGACGAUUGGGCGCCAAUUAUCACGUGACUUAAACGCUCCCACGUCUGCUUGGCAUUUUCUUGAAAUAAACUCGCAAGAAAAGUCUGUCGUGGUGUUUGU